AUGGCAAAGUUUAGUUUGUUGGCGCUGGCCACUUGCGUUGGCCUGGCCGCAGCCAAGGACGUCUACCUGAACUGGAACGUCACCUGGGUUAAUGCCUCCCCCGAUGGGUUUGAGCGUCCAGUCAUUGGUAUCAAUGGUCAAUGGCCCUGCCCACAAAUUGAUGUGAACGUGGGCGACCAGCUGAUCGUCGAUGUUUACAACGGCCUUGGAAAUGAGUCCACGGGUAUCCACUGGCACGGUAUCCGUCAGGAGGGCAGUGGUGUUAUGGAUGGCGCGGUUGGAGUUACCCAGUGCCCUCUUGCUCCCGGCCAGCACAUGCAAUAUCACUUCGAUAUCAACCAAACUGGAACAUACUGGUAUCACUCGCACAACAUGGGCCAGUACCCCGAUGGAUUCCGUGGUGCUCUAAUUGUCCACGACCCCAGUCCUCCGUUCCACUACGACGAUGAGUUCACCCUCACUCUGAGCGACUGGUACCACCAGCAGAUGCCGGAUUUGCUCAACACCUAUCAGUCCACAGAGAAUGCGAAAAACCAUGGCGCCGAGCCUCUCCCUGAUGCGUCACUGAUCAACGACUCAACCAACACCAAGAUCAAGGUUUUGCCUAACAAGACGUACCUCGUCCAUAUCAUCUGUGUUGGAAACUGGCCCGGUCAUUUCUGGGUGAUUGAUGGCCACGAGAUGACGGUUGUAGAGGUCGACGGCGUCUAUACCGAACCCCACCCUGCUGGAGACAAGUUCCUGCGUGUUGCAACUGGUCAGCGUAUGAGUGUAUUGAUCAAAACUAAGUCUGACACGAGCAAGAACUUUGCCAUCUGGGAUACCAUGGACAUCAACAUGAUGUUCAUCUUCGAAAACCGCACUAUCCCAGAGAACUACAACCCCAACGCCACUGCCUGGUUGGUGUACGAUGAGGCAAAGCCCCUACCCGCGCCUCCCGUCUUCCACCACAUCGACUUCAACGAUGACUUUGUGGAUGAUGUCAACCUGGUACCGGCAGAUCACGAGCCCUUGCUUGAGCCCGUGGACCACCAGAUCAUCAUGGACACUGGAAUCGCCCUGGUUGAUGGUGUCCCGCGCCUGACUGUCAAUAACAAGACCUACAUCGCGCCGAAGGUACCCUCUCUCUACACUGCCAACACAGUCGGAGCCGAGUUCUCCUCCAACCCCGAAGUAUACGGUCAAGUGAACCCCUUCGUUGUGAAGCACAAUGACGUCGUCGAAAUCGUGAUCAACAACCACCACAACAACCUGCACCCAUGGCACUUGCACGGCCACCACUUCCAAGUCCUGCAGCGUACUCCAGUUGACGGUGGCUUCUACACGGGACUCCAGAGCACCGUCUCCAAAACCCCAAUCCGACGCGACACCAUCAUGGUCCAGAACAAUGGCCACACCGUCAUCCGCUUCCGCGCUGAUAACCCAGGCGUCUGGAUGCUUCACUGCCACAUCGAGUGGCACGUCGAGGCUGGUCUCAUGGCCACCAUCAUCGAGGCACCCGAGACCUUCCCAAAUAGCAUCCACGCUCCCCCGAAGAGCCACUACGACGCCUGCAGCAGCUAUCCCCAGCAAACUAGCGGCAAUGCCGCUGGAAAGCAGGGUCUCGACCUGACUGGGCUCGACACUAAGGUUGUCAACGGUAGCCACGGCGCUCUGUAUACCGGUAAAAAGAGCACCAAAGUUUCCACUUCUGGUCCAGCUCAUGUAUCGGCAGAAGCGGCGGAGCCAAGUUCCUCCUCCACUAAGCUAUUCUCAUCAGCUUUCUCGAAGGAAUCUCGUCCCAAGUUCCCAUUCUCUAACAAGAAGUCGGACAGCGAUGACGACGACAGCAAGAGUUCCUGGCCUUUCAAUAAUAGUGAUCUUUUCGCGGAUGAGGAUCAGGAGUGA